AUGUCCGGGCAACAGCAGCAGCAGCAGCCGCUACCGACGGACGUCGUCAUCGCGCAGAUUUUGCACCAGCUUCAACAGCAACAAGCCAUCACCAACCAGCUCCUCCAGAACAACCAUCUGGUCCAGGAGCAGCAAAGGAAUUUCAUGCAGCAGCAAGGCAACAUCCUCCGCAACAUCCAGGUGCACGUACCGCCGAACCCCGAAGCAGUCCUUGACUCGCUAGCGGGAAACGUCAAAGAGUUCCGGUACGACAGCGAGAACAACAUAACCUUCAACGCUUGGUUCUCACGCUACAAAGACCUGUUUGAUAAGGAUGCUGCAAGACUGGAUGAUCCGGCAAAAGUACGCUUGCUGAUGCGGAAACUCGGCACUGUGGAGCACGAACGCUAUUUGAGCUUCAUUCUGCCGCAAGCCGCCAGUUUCUACUCCUUCGAGCAAACCGUCGAGAAGCUCGGGAAGUUGUUUGGCACCACGGAAUCCACUAUCAGCAAACGGUUCCGCUGUCUGCAACUUGCCAAGGGAGCGACCGAGGAUUAUGUAGCGUACGCCUGCCGAAUCAACAAGAACUGUGUGGAGUUCGAGCUGGGCAAGAUGUCGGAGGAGGAGUUUAAGUGUUUGAUGUUCGUGUGCGGUCUUAAGGACGAAGCGGACGGAGAAAUACGGACAAGGCUGCUAACUCGCAUCGAGGAGAAGACGGAUGUUACGCUCGAGCAGCUGUCCUCGGAGUGCCAACGCCUUUUGACGCUUCGUCACGACACUGCCAUGAUCGAGAAACCCGGAAGUUCGGUUCACGCCAUCCGUAAGCAGCAGCAGUUCCAAAAGCCGUCCCAGGAACCUCGGCAGUGGGCCCAGAGGCAGGCGCCGCGCGAGUUCCGUCAACGUCAACAGCAUUCCGGAGGCAGGAAGACCCCGCACGGCGAGGGUGAAAAAGUUCCGCCUGGCCCGUGUUGGAACUGUGGUGCAAUGCACUACAAUCGGGAUUGCCAUUUCAAGUCCCAUCAGUGCUCGGAGUGCAACCGCUACGGGCAUAAGGAGGGCUACUGCCGCACAGCGAAGAAAGGAAAAAGAAAAACAAAAACAAACAGUGUCACAGUGGAAACAAAAAUAGUGCAAGUGAACUCAAUAAAAGAAAGACGGAAAUUUGUGCCAGUGACAUUAAACGGCGUUUCCGUGAAGUUGCAGUUCGACACUGCGUCGGACAUUAGUGUUGUGUCCAGCAAGACCUGGAAGAGGCUCGGGAAACCACCCACAAGACCACCAAAAGUGAACGCUAAAUCUGCAUCUGGUGAUCCUCUCAAACUUGAGUCCGAGUUUGAUUGUUCGAUCACAGUGAACGGUGUGUCGGAAAUGGGUGUAGUGUUUGUGGUGAACCAGGACCUGCACAUCAUGGGACUGGACCUGAUCGAGAAGUUCCAGCUGGAUGCGGUCCCGAUGAACGUGUUCUGCCGCCAGGUCGGGGAAACGUCCUCCACUUCAAUCGUUGGUCGUCUCAAGACGGCGUACCCUUCGGUGUUCAGCACGACACUGGGCCGCUGCACCAAGACACAAGUGAAGUUGGAGCUCAAGCCUGACCAGAAGCCAGUGUUCCGCCCAAAGCGUCCGGUCGCAUACGCCAUGUACAGCGCCGUGGACGAAGAGCUCGACCGCCUGGAGCGGUUAAACAUCAUCUCGCCUGUCGACUACUCGGAGUGGGCCGCUCCGAUCGUGGUCGUCCGCAAGGCGAACGGCACAAUCCGGAUCUGCGGGGACUAUUCUACCGGGCUGAACGCGGCUCUGCAGCCGAACCAGUACCCCCUUCCGCUGCCGCAGGACAUCUUCAUGAAGCUCUCCAGCUGCAAGUUUUUCAGCAUUAUCGACAUGUCAGACUCCUACCUACAAGUGGAGGUCGAUGAUGUUUCGAGCCUAAUCCUGUCGAUCAACACUCACCGGGGCAUCUACAAGGUCAACCGUCUUGCGCCCGGAGUCAAACCCGCACCUGGGGCGUUCCAGCAAAUAGUGGAAACUAUGUUGGCUGGACUCAAGCAGACCUGCGGGUACAUAGACGACAUCGUAGUUGGCGGAGCGACAGAAGAAGAACACUGGCAUAACCUCAACGCACUUUUUCAACGCUUGGAAGACUUCGGAUUCACAGUCCGACUUGAAAAGUGCUCGUUCGGUCGCAAGCAGAUCAAGUAUUUGGGGCACCUGCUGGACCAGCAUGGUACACGUCCGGAUCCCGCGAAGAUCGAGUCCAUCAAGAUGAUGCCGGCUCCAACCGACGUGUCCGGAGUGCGCUCUUUCCUUGGGGCAAUAAAUUACUAUGGAAAGUUUGUCCCCAACAUGCGAGCGCUCCGCUACCCCCUGGACGAACUGCUGAAGGCGGGCGCCAAGUUCGAUUGGACGCCCGAUUGCGAACGUGCCUUCAACAAGUUCAAGGAGAUCCUCUCAUCCGACCUUCUGCUGACGCACUACAAUCCGGCCCUGGAGAUCAUCGUCUCAGCAGACGCGUCGUCGAUCGGCCUCGGAGCGACCAUCAGCCAUCGCUUCCCGGACGGGUCAGUCAAGGUCGUGCAGCACGCAUCGAGAGCACUCGCACCCGCCGAACGCAACUACAGCCAGAUCGAUCGAGAAGGACUUGCCAUCAUCUUUGCGAUCACCAAGUUCCAUCGCAUGGUGUUCGGCCGGCACUUCCGGCUGCAGACGGACCAUGCCCCGCUCUUGCGCAUCUUCGGGUCACCCAAAGGCAUUCCAGUGUACACCGCCAACCGGUUGCAGCGCUGGGCCCUAAUGCUGCUCAUGUACGACUUCACCAUCGAGUACGUGGCCACGGACAAGUUUGGACAUGCCGACAUUCUGUCUCGGCUGAUCAACCGCCACGUGAAACCCGACGAAGACUACGUGAUUGCAGCCGUCACACUCGAGGAUGACGUCCGAUCAGCAGCGUUCGAGUCGUUCGACGUUUUGCCCUCAGCUUCAAGACGGUACGAGAUAGCACCCACACGGAUCCGGUCCUGA